CUUCGUUGGAAGAUCACAGUUACACGCAACAUCGAAUCAAAGCGAGUUGUCAGCGCUCAGUUUGUAAUAACGGUAAUUCAAUCAGUGGAUACAUUUAACAAAUAUGGCUUUCAAGUUUGUGCUACUCAUUUGCGCAGCAGCCGCAGCGCAGGGCAUCGUUUCCGCUGAAUUCAACUACAAUACCGAUCUAUAUAAUGGCAACAACAGCAAUAAUAAUCAAAACAACGAGGUGUAUACUAUAAAUAGCUACAAUGAUAAUGUCAAGCAGCCGGCCAACAGUUAUAAUGCACCACUGGCAGCGCUCAACACCUUUAAUAGUAAUGCGCCAUCGCAACCACAACAACAACAACAGCAGCAACAACCAAAUGCAAAUGGUUAUAAUUACAACCCAAGCAACUAUAACAACAACGCAGUUGAACAGCAAGCAGAAGACCAACAACAACAAACAGCGCAACAGUCACAACAGCACAGUUAUGAUUUCAACAACGGCGCAGCCCAAAAGCCGCUUCCUAAUGCUCUACCCACACCUGCUGGCUAUGACUAUGAUAGCCCACAAAACUUUGCCGGUCUCACCUCAUCCUCAUCGGCUUCGGCCUCGGAUUCAGUUGGUACUUUCACAAAACUUGCAACAUCCUUCAAUUCACAGGCUCACAUCCUGUCCGCACCUACCGCAGCACCUGUGGAGGCAUACAAUCCACCCGCGAAAUACGAUUACAGCUACAAUGUGCAUGGUGACGAGACCGGUGACAUUAAGUCGCAUGCUGAAACUCGUGAUGGCUACUUCGUGCAGGGCUCGUACAGCGUUGUCGAUCCAGAUGGUUUCCAGCGCACCGUCACCUACACGGUCGAUGGGCCUAGUGGCUUCAAUGCCAUCGUGAAUCGUGUGCCAUAUGCCGUCAGAGCCGCCAAAGUCAACGCUUUGAGCGCCCCAGCUUCCUCUGUGGCGCCUGUUACUAAACUAGCAGAGUUGCCACUUAGCAAUGACAUUUCGCUUACGGAAUCUUCGGCAGUUUCAGCAUCAUCCUCUUCGGCUGCCGAGCAAAAAGCAACUGACACAGCACAUAUUGAAUUACCAGUACAACCACGUGACAGUUACUUGGCGCCCCCAGUCGAUUCCCGUGACGGUAAAGGGCUUUACCCGUAAGAGCUUGUUACUUUUUGCGCUCAUUCUCUGUUAUAUACUUGUUAAUUUCUUUGUAGUCGAAUGAAUUUUUUUAUUAUACACUCAAUAAACCCAGUUAAAUAUAAGUUUGGUUAGCCAAAA